AUGCCUUUGGUUUCCCCUUUGGGAAACCUGGUCUUCUCCAGGGACCUGGGCCGGCUGGGGAUCCCCCUGCUGGUCCUCCUGGCCCUUUGGCCUGGGACCGGCCCAGACCGCCUCCUGGUCCCUCCUGGUCUCUCCUGGUCUCUCCUGGUCCCUCCUGGUCUCUCCUGGUCUCUCCUGGUCUCUGCUGGUCUCUGCUGGUCUCUGCUGGUCUCUGCUGGUCUCACCUGGUCUCUGCUGGUCCCUGCUGGUCCCUGCUGGUCUCACCUGGUCUCUGCUGGUCUCUGCUGGUCUCACCUGGUCUCUCCUGGUCUCUGCUGGUCUCACCUGGUCUCUCCUGGUCUCUGCUGGUCUCUCCUGGUCUCUCCUGGUCUCUCCUGGUCUCUCCUGGUCUCUGCUGGUCUCUCCUGGUCUCUGCUGGUCUCUCCUGGUCUCUCCUGGUCCCUCCUGGUCUCUGCUGGUCCCUCCUGGUCUCUCCUGGUCUCUGCUGGUCUCUGCUGGUCUCUCCUGGUCUCUGCUGGUCCCUGCUGGUCUCACCUGGUCUCUGCUGGUCUCUCCUGGUCUCUGCUGGUCUCUCCUGGUCUCUGCUGGUCUCUCCUGGUCUCACCUGGUCUCACCUGGUCUCACCUGGUCUCUCCUGGUCUCUGCUGGUCUCUCCUGGUCUCUGCUGGUCUCUGCUGGUCUCACCUGGUCUCUCCUGGUCUCUGCUGGUCUCACCUGGUCUCUGCUGGUCCCUGCUGGUCUCUGUUGGUCUCUGUUGGUCUCUCCUGGUCUCUGCUGGUCUCCUGGUCUCUCCUGGUCUCACCUGGUCCCUGCUGGUCUCUCCUGGUCUCUCCUGGUCUCUCCUGGUCUCACCUGGUCUCUCCUGGUCUCUGCUGGUCUCCUGGUCUCACCUGGUCCCUGCUGGUCUCUUGGCAGUUCACCGUGCUGUUCAGGGCUGCAGGUCUCGGGGGCUCCAGCAGCAUCACGGCCUUCAUCUCCCCGACCACCAGGGGCCUGAGGGAGGCCAUGAAGGCUGAAGGAAUAGAGUUCAGUCUCCCUCUAGUGGAGGAAAGGAGGCGCAGCAGGGAGCACCCGACGGAGGAGCAGGAAGAGGAGUCUGAGCUCAAAGAGGGUCAGGAGGCUGAUGAAGGACCACAUGAUGAUGAUGAUGAUGAUGAGGAGGGCAGCUUCUCCUGGCUGAAGGAGAUGGGGAUCCAGGACCACAUCAAGAAGCCCGACAGCAUCACCAUGCAACUUCGUAAGGAGGGCUCCUCGGUGGCCCUGGACCACAAGCCGGAGUCCGUGGUGUGUGUGCGGGGCCCUCACAGCUUCACGCUCGUCAACUUCCUCAUCGGCUGUAAGAGCCUGGUGGCUGCAGCCGGGCUGCAGGCCGGCCUGCCCCCCACCCUGCUGGCCCCGGGGCCCUUCAGGGGGGCCACCAUGCACACCCUGAAGGCCCGCUGUGUGACUGUGAAGAGUCCGGUUGGUUCUACCUACCAGAACAUCAGCAGCCUGGAGAUCACAGGACCCAUCCUCCCCUCCUCCCUCCACUCCAUCACCUCCCUCCUCCGGCCUGCUCAGAAAGGGAACUUCUCAGCUGCUCUCUACACACACACACCUACAGCCGUGAUGAACACACACACACCUACAGCCGUGAUGAACACACACACACCUACAGCCGUGAUGAACACACACACAACUACAGCCGUGAUGAACACACACACAACUACAGCCGUGAUGAACACAACUACAGCCGUGAUGAACACACACCCCAAGCAGCAGGGUUCUGGGGGGGUGGACCUGUCUGGAUGUGGUCUCCAGCCCGCGGUGGGUUCUGGGGGGGUGGACCUGUCUGGAUGUGGUCUCCAGCCCGUGGUGGGUUCUGGGGGGGUGGACCUGUCUGGAUGUGGUCUCCAGCCCGCGGUGGGUUCUGGGGGGGUGGACCUGUCUGGAUGUGGUCUCCAGCCCGCGACCCUCCAGCAGCUCCGGCAGCCCUCCAGUCUGGGGAAGACGGCUCUGACUCACCUGAACAUGAGCAACUACAGCUACAUGUGGAAGAACUGACGAGUUCUAGUCUUUCUAUUCAUAAACUAUUUUAAUAAAGUGUCUCUGGUU